AUCUGUUAAAUUCAAUGCACAUGAUUUAUUUGUGUCACUACUACUACAAAUAAAGGAGUAUUAAAGCUUCACAAAGUAGUACUAGAAAGAAAGAAAAGAAAAAAAAGCCAUAACAUAAAGCCGUUUUGAUUUUGCUUCUUUGUGCAAACAAAUAGUUUCUGUGACCAAACCAUUUCCUUAGCAACAAAGUAACAACACCAUCUUAAAACAUCCUUUUCAUUCUCUCAUUUCUCACUUGUUUCACCAAACCUCUCACAUUUUCCAGAAACACUACUUUACUUCUUCAUGGCAAAUCAAGCUUCAUUAUGCUUCUUGUUCUUCUCUUUUCUCACUCUCUUUGCAGAAAACAAUGCAUUAUUGACUAGAUUCCUUCAUAACAGCAAGAUCUCGAAAUCUCAGAUUCAGAUUAGGAGAACUCUACAAGACACUAAUCCAGCUUCAACUUCGCCAACAAUCAUCACUGUUCCUUCAACAAAUCCAGGUGCUACAAAUCUUGUUCCUUCUACCACACCGCCAACGAAUCCAGCAAACUCGCCAGUUCCUGUUACAAAUCCUGUUACAGCUCCUGUAACAGUUCCUGUGAGUUCUUAUCCACCACCUUCACCGUUAUCAGGAGCCGUUCCUGUUCCUGUUACAAAUCCUCAGCUUCAGCCUCCUCCUUCAAACAUGAAUCCUCCUCCAUCUUCAUCUUCAUCUUCUCAAGGAGGAGGUGGUGGUAGCUGGUGUGUGGCUAAACCUGGAGUUUCACAAACUACACUUCAGACUGCUUUGGAUUAUGCUUGUGGGACUAAUGGUGCUGAUUGUUCACAAAUACAACAAGGUGGAAUCUGUUAUAAUCCUAAUUCACUUUCAAACCAUGCUUCUUUUGCUUUCAAUAGCUACUACGUAAAGAAUCCUGCUCCAACUAGCUGUGACUUUGGAGGGGUUGCUACCAUUGUUACCACCAAUCCUAGUACUGGUACUUGCAUCUUUCCAUCAUCUUCAGGAGGAGCAGGCUCAUCCGGCUCUGGUUCUAACUCACCUUCAAUAGGUUUUGGUGGGCCUUCAACCUCUCCGGAUUCAUCUCACUCAACUGGUGUGAGGCCUUUGCUAAGUUUCAUGAUUCUGAUGACAUUAUUGGCCAGCGGAAGACUCGCGAGUCCAUAGAUUAACUUCAAUACUCUAGCUCCAUUUUGGAGUUUGUAUACAAUUCUACAUGCAGGUGUAGAAAAGUAGAAAGAUAGUAGAGUAGAAGAGAGAGUUUGUGACGAUGAUGAUGAUGAUGAUGAUGAUGAUAGUUGAUGAACAAGUUCCUCAAUCUGUUUAACUUUAGCUUAAGAGAAUGAAUUUCAACUGCAGAAAUAUCUAAGGGACUUCUUGGCUAUAAUCAGGUUCAGGAACUGUAGUAUUUUAGGACUUAAUGUAGAUCAGUGUGUGUAUUGUUUGUUGUGGAAAUUCAUUUGCAUAUAUAUUGCUAUUAAAGAAAUAAGUCAUGUGGUACUAACUAGUAAUGCUCAAGAGAAGACUUUCAUAUUAUGAGCUUGUCAAGAUUUAGAUCAUUAUAGAAGUUUCACUGUUCUUAUUAUGAGCUUGUCAAGAUUUAGUACAUUCAUAAACAGUUUAUCUAAAUGAGUAAUCGUGUGUUAUGCUGUGUUUU